CCACAAAGAAGAAAUUUUUUUGAAGUCUGUGGGCAUUUUGAUUUUUGAUAAAAAUUCUGAUUUCUGAUUAUUAUUAUUUAAAUUAAGUAACUAUGUUUUAUGACUAAGAAAUACGUGCCAAAUCAAUAAUAAUAGGAACUGAUACUUAACAGGCUAACUAGCUGUAAUAAUUAAUAAAUAAACAGGGAAGCUUUAUUUUAUCAAUGACAUGAGCUCCUUAGUUCAAUAUGUUCUUCUGCGAAGUGAUUUACUAAAAGAAUUAGGUUGGUCAAUAGGUGCCUUGGUGGCUCAAGCAUGUCAUGCAUCUACAGCAGUAUUACAUCUGUACAGAGAAGAUGAAAACACAAUAAAUUAUUUAAAUGAUUUGGAUAAUAUGCAUAAAGUUGUUUUAGAGGUGCCGAAUGAAGAGUCGCUAAAGAAGGUUGCAGAAAAAUUAAAAGAAAAUUCAAUAGAUCAUAAAUUAUGGAUAGAACAGCCAGAGAAUAUACCAACAUGCUUGGCUCUGAAACCUUACCCUAAAGAAGAAGUGAAAAAAUAUGUAGGAAAAUUUAAAUUGUAUAAAGAAACUUUAAAAAUUUAGUAAUUACAUAACUAUUAUGUUAGUCUAAAUAUAUUAUUACUUAUUAUUUUUUAAUCUAUCUUAAGUAUAUCAUUAAAAAGGCUUUGACUAA